AUGUCGUUUCUAGCGUUUUUAUUCUUCGGCCUGAGUUUAUUUGCCGUUUCUUUGGAGGCCAAAAAUGUGUUGUUACUUUUGGCUGACGAUGGGGGCUUUGAGAUGGGCAGCUACCGAAACCGGAUCGUGCAGACGCCGUACCUUGAUGCGCUGGCAAAAGAAAGUUUGAUCUUCAACAAUGCGUACGCCUCGGUUAGCAGCUGUUCACCGUCCCGUGCAUCAAUACUGACCGGCAUGCCGGAGCAUCAGAACGGCCAGUACGGGCUGCACAAUGGGGUGCAUAAUUUCAACUCCCUCCCGAAAGUUAACAGCAUCUCCUCGAUUCUCACGCGUCAUGGCAUUAGGACGGGUUUGAUCGGCAAGAAGCACAUCGGUCCGGAUGAUACGUAUCGCUUCGAUUACGAGCGUACCGAGGAACAGUAUCCGAUCAAUCAGGUCGGACGCAACAUUACCCAGAUUAAGCUGUUUGUGAGGGAAUUUCUGCAGCAAAGCAAAGCCUCGGGCAACGAUUCAUUCUUUUUGAUGGUAUCCUUCCACGAUCCCCAUCGGUGCGGACACAUAACCCCCCAGUACGGAAGCUUCUGUGAGCGGUGGGGUUCGGGUGAGGAAGGUAUGGGCCUGAUUCCGGACUGGCAUCCGAUCUACUACGUGUGGGACCAGAUCGAUCUGCCGUACUACGUACCGGACACCAAACCAGCACGCUACGAUGUGGCCGCCCAAUACACGACCAUUUCGCGUCUCGAUCAAGGCGUUGGGCUCGUGCUGAAGGAACUGCGCGAUGCCGGGCUGGAGGAAGACACACUGGUUGUGUAUACGUCCGACAAUGGGCCACCGUUGCCCGCUGCCCGCACGAAUCUGUACGAUCCGGGUAUGGCCGAACCCAUGUUUAUGCGAUCACCCGAAAAAGGUUCUCGGCGGAACGAAGUAACGUACUCAAUGACCAGCCAUCUCGAUCUGGUGCCAACGUUUCUCGAGUGGUACAACAUCUCGCAUCCCAAACCGGCCACACUAACAGGACGCAGUUUGUUGCCGCUGCUCUUCCACGAACCGACGCAAGGACCGUCCAAUCAGGACGAUGCCGUGUUCGCCAGCCAGAGCUUCCACGAAAUCACCAUGACGUACCCGAUGCGUGCGAUUCGUACCAAGCGCUACAAACUGAUCCACAACAUCAACUACCAGCUGCCGUUCCCGAUCGAUCAGGAUUUCUACGUUUCGCCCACGUUUCAGGACAUUCUAAACCGGACGCUCGCCAAGCAGCCCGUGCCGUGGUACAAAACUCUUCGUUCGUAUUACCAGCGCCCAGAAUGGGAGUUGUACGAUCUGAAGAUGGAUCCAACGGAAUCAAGGAAUUUGUUUGGCAAGAGCAGCAUGAAAGACACGUUCCAGCAGCUUCAUGAUCGACUGCAAAAGUGGCUCGAAACAACGAACGAUCCGUUCCGCUGUGCCCCGGAUGGAGUGCUGCAAAAUACGGGCGAAUAUGAAGACAAUCCGACGUGCCUUACUCUAGCUCAUUAGACACGAAAGACGCUCGCCGUG